GUCACACAAAUUGACAAAGAUUCAGAGGCUUGGGCAGAACCCGAGAGGGGAGCUCAUUCGACAUUGGACCCCCGUUCUCUUCAAGCGUACUCACCUUGCGUUCUUUUGGAUCAUCCACCAUGUCUUUACGUUUGCUCACCCGAUCCAUCCCUCAGCAGGCCCUUCGACCGCGCAUUUACCGUCCGGCUGUGGUGUCAUUAACCUACCGUCAGUCCUACUCUGGUAAACUAUCCCUUCCAUAUUUAUGAUCCCCGUCACCUAUUGUGUAUUCAAAUUCAAACUUGCUGUAGCCAUUUCUUCACAACCGCCUACUGCAGCUGCAGGUGAAGCUGUCAAGGCUAUUGCAACGGCAGCUGACAAGAAAGACGAGACCAAAGCUUCCGAUGCCGCCACGGAAAAGAAGGACGACAACAAGGAAAAUAAGAAUGUGGGCGAAUCCGCAGAACAUGGUUAUGCUCACGGUACGUAUCAUUGGACCCUGGAACGAGCCUCCGCCGUGACCUUGGUUCCUUUGAUGAGCACACAAAUGAUCUGGGGCGCUCACCCCAUCGUCGAUGGCUUGCUGGGUGUUAUUUUGCCUUUCCACAUUCAUAUGGGCUUUGAUUCGUGUAUUACCGAUUACAUUCCGAAACGAGUGUAUCCUCGGCUCCAUCCGCUGGCCAAAUGGUCUCUGAGAGCCGCAACGGCGCUCACCAUGUGGGGUUUAUACGAAUUCAAUACCAACGAUUUAGGUGUGACCGAAGGCAUCGCACGUAUUUGGACAGCAUAAAAUAGGAAAAAUAGAUAUAUAAAAAAAACCCUCCAAAAUCGAAAGAAUACCAAUUCAAGACCAUAUAGAAAGAUCAUUUACUAAACAAACUGCUAAUCGAUGUAAUAUGAAAGGCUUUAUCUGCAAGAAAUGUAGCUCCGUUUUUGAAUCAUGUUCGGCACAACAU